CCUGUACACUCUUCGCGCCAUGGUCACUGGUAUGUGACAUAGUUGGCAGCGUUUGGUUACUGAUCAGCUUUGACAGUAGCAGUUUGUUUUUUGAGCGAAUCGUUUCAAGUCCUUGAUUUCGGCAUUGCUUGUUGUUGCUCACUCACUCCUCGGACACUAAUCUUCAUCCUCUGUAGAAGCCUUUUCAGGAUCUACUGAUCAUGGCAAACAGAAGCAGUCGAAGAAUGCCGCCCUUGUGGAGAAGUUCAUGCGCAGGACCGAUCUUCUGAAGCAUGUCUUCAGCAACUACCGUCGCCCUUUCACGAACCCUUGUAGCAAGGAAUAUGCGGGCUUGGUUAGCUACAGGGCUGGUAAAAGUCAGGCUCGAUCUCAAGCCGCGAUCAUAUUGCUCUUUGCACAUCAUAUGCUCGAUCCAACUCUAGAGAUGGAGAUUCAUAAUCCCGAAAUGUCGCAGUACAUGGCCUACGCGGAUGACCGAAUGUGUCCCAUUUUCGGUGGAUACAACAACAUGGAGGUCAAUCUCCCCUGGGUUCUGCACGUCAUCAACUUCUUCAGAUCUCACUUCUUGCUUCCAUAUCUGGGGACGAUGUGGGCCACCUACACCUCGCUGGAUUCCCGGCAACGCCCGCGAGGUCCCGACUCGGAUCUCGUCAAUGGUGCUCGUCCAAUUGGUCGACGCUGGAAUGGAACCUAUUCUUACCUCGAUCGCCAUGACGUGCUCGAUAUCCGUAGCGCGGGACCCGACUCUGGGUCUCUCUUCGAUGACCGCAACCUUGACAAGGGGGACAAAUCGAUCCAGAAAUUGGUGAUCGACUUCCCGGAGAGCUUUGCGACCGAUUGGCCGGAAGGGUUCGAACAAAUCCUGCACUCCUUGCGCGAGCCGAGUCCCCGCCGCACCCGAGCCCAGCACCGUGGCGGAAUCCCCGAAUUGGAGACGAAGAGCAUGCGAGAGGCUUCUCGUCGCUUCAUCGGCACUGGCUACGAUGACGAGGACUUCUUCUCUCAAGGCUUUCUCAAUCCGUUACCUUCCCAGAAUGGCGUUCCCGGUUUCCAGCGAAUUACUAUGAUGAAAUAUUUUGAGGAUGGCAAUCCCUUCGAAGACGCCCUUUGGGCGUACGAAGGGGUGGUUUUGCCCGGGUCGAAGAUCAUCGUCGGCCGUUGGUGGAGCUAUCAGCCCCAGGAGCCGGAGAACUUUGUUCGUAUCAUUCGUAUUGCCGUUCACUUUACCAGGCUCAUGCUGACUUGAACCCCCAUCUUUAGAUGUACUGCGGGCCGUUCAUCAUGUGGGAAGUGGAUGAUGCUCAGGAUGACUGGUCCUGGCAAAACGAUCG